GUGUAAAAGAUAGUAAAUUAAAAAAAAAAUAAAUUAUAUUCCUUUGAAAAAAAGUUUAAAUUAUUAUUUUUUGAAAAUAAUAAGUUACACCAAAAAAAUAAAAUUAAAAUAAAAAAUUAUUUUACAUCCAAAGAAGAAGUAAAGAAAAAAAAAUCAUCAUGAAUACAAAAACAAUAUUAAUGUGUGCAUUAUUUGCCGUUUUUAUGGCAUUUAUUGUUGCAUCCGUUGAUGCAUCUCCUCCCGCCAAUUUAAAAUUCCAACAAUUGUUGAGAAAAGCGAGAGACAUUAAACCAUUACGCGAAUGCAAGGCAGAUGAACAAUGCAAAUGGGAAGUCUACAAUUCCGAAACUCGUUUACACGAAUAUGACCUCCAUAAUGAUUGCAAAUGCGACAAAUGCGUAAAACGGUCCGAUGAUGUUUCGAUAAAUGCCUAUGUCUAUAGAUGUCAACCUGGUAGUUAGUUAUGAACUGUCUGAAAUGCGAAACAUACUACUUUAAAACUACUACUUUAAGUUAAUAUUACUGAAAUUAGAGCCAAUAUGGAGAUAAACAUUGCAUCAAAGAUAACAAAAAAAUCUUGAAAAGACAAUUUCUUCAGUUCUUCGCCGAUUCUUUAACACAAAAAUGGUACUUAUCAACUACAUCUCUCUUUCUAUCCAUCUAUUUUUUGUGUUUUUUCAUUGAAUCAAUCAAAUAGAGUGCAAUUCUUACACACUUUUAAUUGUGGCGCACUGUAAAUUAUUGUCAAAAUUUUAAUUUUAAGCUGUUACUUUUUAGUUCUUAGUUUGUAGUAAGGUUAUGAAGCUUUAGUUAAAUUAUUUAUAAACAAAAAAAAAAUCGUGCGAUCUGACAAGAUGAAAAAUGAAACAUAGCAAGGUUCCUUCUUAAUGUAUUGUUCAUUAUUUUUAAAAAAUAAUUUUAGAAAAUAAAAUAAUACAUAUUAAGGAAUUCAUCAAAAAAAGAUAAGAAAAAAACGCACAAUAGACCAUAAUAAUUUCAACCAGUAUUUAUUACAUAAAAAAGAUUAUUUUGAUCAAACUCUGUAUAAAAAAAUUUGCUCAUUUAUCACCAAACAAAUAUUUACAGUCAGUAUUUUUUUUUAAAUAGAAGUUCAGAAAUUUUUGGAACAGAAAAUAAAUAAAUAAAAAUUCAAAUAAAUACAACUUUUAAUAAACCGUUUCCUAUUGACUUUAAGUUCAUAUAAGAAAGUUUUUUUAACAAUAAUAAUUUUUAUCCAAUAAUAUUGUGUAGCGAGUCUAUGAAUAAAUAAAUGAAAUAAUAAAGAAGACAGUUUUGAUAACAAAUAAAUUUUGAAGUGUUUUAAUAUGGAGGCGACUGGUAAUUAAUUUUCUGUUAAAAGUUCAAAAAUAAAUUUCUAAGGG